AUGGCCACCGAAAAUCGCGAACAAUAUCUAACUUGCCCCUUUUGCCGCUUCGGCACCCAUGAUUUUGACGCCCUCGAAAGGCACGUGCAACAUCGGCAUGGCGGCCAGCAGCCUGACCGUCAGCAACCCUACAAUGCUGCACCUCAGCUGAGCGAUGCUGAUCUGGCUCAACUUCUUGCCUUUGAGGAAGCAGGCUUGCCUGCCGAACUGGCCCUACCAGACCGUCCCAAUGUUCCUGCCCGUGAUGAAAAUGGGAUGCCGGAAAGUGCAACGAAUCCACCACAGCUCCCCUCAACUUCUCGAGCCGGAAAGGAAGAAUCAUGGGUACAAUGUGUCUGUGGCGAACGCGUACAUUUUCUCGAGCUCGAUGCCCAUUCCGACAUGCAUGCUCAGGAGAAUAUUUCCAUGGAUGAGGCCGAUAUACCUAGCAAAGACGUUGAGCUUUCGACCCUUCGGUCAACUGCCCAACGUCCCUUAGUCGAUGUGUCCAACUCGUUCAGCACUCAUAUCCCAAAGUCUCUUCGAAACUAUGGCCAACUUCCUGACAAACCGUCCCCUCCUCCUCCUCGCAGCGAAAAGAGGCGCGGUCCAUCUCUCAAGGAUAUCUUCCUCGGCACUCCCGCGUCUCCUAAGAGGAAAUCAGCUCUUUCGGCCGUCUCUUCCAAACUCGGGAAGACAAAACGGCUUGGACGGUCGGAACUCGGUCCCUAUGCUCACGAGCAGCAGAUGCCGGGCUGGCUGCGCCGCAUGCUCGAGGAGGGCGCCAAAGUCACGAUCACUAACAGGAUCGGCCCCGACGGCACGUUGAUCAAGGUCGAAACCAUUGCCAAUGAGACGCCCAAUCUCGUACCUGUACUCUCUCGGCUGUCUCAGCUGGACAGAACGGUCGAACGUGCAUUCUAUUGCAGUCCUCAAGUUCUCCAUGUGUGCAAAAUGCCAAGGGAAGGUGGCUUCUGCGGCUAUCGCAAUAUUCAGAUGCUGGUGUCCUACAUCCAGGGUGCGGAUGCUAAUGGCGCAGAGAACUUCAGGGGAAGACUGCCAUCUAUACUGAAGGUUCAAGACAUGAUCGAAAACGCUUGGGACCUGGGCUUCAACUCUGGCGGACGUGUGGAAACUGGCGGCAUCAGAUUCACCCGCAAAUACAUUGGCACACCGGAGGCGCAAGCAUUGUUCAUGAGUCUCGAUGUACCAUGCGAGGCAACCGCGUACACCACUACAAAAGAGGUCGAGGGCUUCGAAACAAUGCUUCUCGCUGUCUGCGAGUAUUUCGACGACGACUCGACCAAAGCUAGCGUUGACAAAGUCGUUAUUACGGACCAGCCGCCGAUCUACUUUCAACAUCAUGGCCAUUCCAUGACCAUCGUGGGGGUCGAGCAAAGGUUGAAUGGUGUUGUCAACUUGGUCGUUUUCGAUCCCAUGUUCAACCCGAGCCCAGCACUCAAGAAACUCGCCUUUUCACGCAACACUACGUUCCGAUGUGCUGAGCCUGAAAAGCUCUUGAAAGCUCACCGAAGGGGCGAGAGAUACCUGGAGAAGUAUAAGGACUUUGAGCUCUUGAAGUUGAAAACGAGGCAGUCAUAA